GCGAUUGGUCGAUCGAACUCCGUCUCAUCCGACGUGAUGAAUCUUCGAACGUAACCUAAAUUCCGAACGCGACCGAGUGUCGUCGAAUCUCGCCGAGUGGAACAAGUGUAUUGCUUUGGCAGGAACCAGCGAUGAACUGUCGCGACGGUGCGUGCGAUCGCUUUUGACAGUUCGUGGGACGCGUAGAGGAUCGAGGAGGAUAGAAAAUACGAUGUCGAGGCUCUAAUUCGGGGUUUAUAAAACGCGAAAUCGGAACGGAGUGAAUUUUAAUAAGUGUAUACGUGCGCGUUUGGGAUUCCUGUGUGCGUACAUAAUUUACACACGCAUACACACCUAUAUAUAUAUAUAUAUAUAUUACACAAAUACAAUAUCCUUAUCCUUCGAUCGACACCGCCCGCCUGGACAAAGGACGGUGACGUCGGUGUCAUCGUGACAAGAAGCUCCAAAAGUAUCUCCCCUCUCUCUUUUUCCGUACAUAUCUAUAUAAGUCCUCUCUUCCUGUGCUUUGUGCGCGGUCUUUCGCUUCCUCCAAUUUCCUUUCGUAUCGCCCUCUCGCUCUAGCAAGGCAUCGCAUACAUAUAUAUAUAUAUAUAUAUAUAUAUCGGUGCCUUUUGCAUACUAUUCAUGAGCUAAAUACACGCGUGCUAUUGCGUGCGGCGCGACGAAGGUCUUUUCUUCGUCUCUCAUUCUCUCUUUUCCUGUUCUUCCUUCUCCCUCUCUUCCUCCAGCGUACUCCCUCGCGCCGGGACGUAGCACUUCGUCCUGCGUCUCGCUACGGUGCGGAAUAAUCGUACGGAGUGAGCGCCCUCUCGCUCCCUCCAGCAGCAGAGCAGCGGACUCGUCGUCGUCGUCUCCGAUUUCCCGUCUCUCGGACGAAGAAUGGAGGCGAUAGCGAAGCACGACUUCACGGCCACCGCCGAGGACGAGCUCAGCUUCCGCAGGAGCCAAGUCCUCAAGAUUCUGAAUAUGGAAGAUGACAUGAAUUGGUACAGAGCUGAAUUAGAUUCUAGAGAAGGGCUUAUACCAAGUAAUUAUAUCGAGAUGAAGAGCCAUGAUUGGUACUAUGGAAGGAUAACCAGAGCAGAUGCUGAAAGAUUAUUAAUGAACAAACAUGAAGGUGCCUUUCUAAUCAGAAUCAGUGAAAGCUCUCCUGGUGAUUUUUCCUUAUCUGUAAAGUGCUCCGAUGGUGUGCAGCACUUUAAAGUAUUAAGAGAUGCACAGGGCAAGUUCUUUCUAUGGGUUGUCAAGUUUAAUAGCCUCAAUGAACUGGUAGAGUACCAUCGUACAGCAUCUGUUUCACGCUCGCAAGACGUUAAGCUGCGUGAUAUGAUCCCAGAGGAGUGUUUGGUGCAAGCGCUCUAUGAUUUCGCACCGCAAGAACCAGGCGAGCUAGAGUUCCGACGAGGGGACGUAAUCACUGUCACAGACCGCACAGAUCAGCAUUGGUGGCACGGAGAGAUCGGUAGUAGACGAGGACUGUUUCCGUCUACCUAUGUCACGCCAUACCACUCCUAGGCCUUAUACGGUCGAAUGCACAGAGGCCGUUAUUGGGAACAGCGGCCGUCUUAUCCCACCACUAUCACUUACAGGAUCCGAAUUGCUGCGGAUUUGAUAAACAAUAUUUUGCAAACCUCACCUAUCGAAUGGGCCGCUAAAGUGUAUUGGUGGUCUCGCCGAAAAGUCUUCUGAGUAUAAACACGAUUAAGUGUUUAUAUAUUUCAACACCAAGAACGUACCGCAGAAGGAUAGUUGUCACGUUUAUUUGAAAGAAGACAGAAAAAGAAACGAUACUACAUCGAAACGUCCGAGAUACAACAUCUAGGAUUUAAGAAUGAUGACGUGCAUAUUUAAAGAUGUCCGACGAUAUCCGAGGAUCCAAGGAAAUAAGAAUGCGUUUACGACUGUGUUUUGUCUAGGGAUCUAAAAACGCCUAAAAGAUGCCUAAGGAUCUAAGGAUUUAAGCAUUUAUAAAAUUCUAACAAAAACUGUAUAAUGAUCCUUUCUUUAAGAGAGUUAUCUAAGUAUCUAUGUAUAUCUCCAAGGAUCUAAGGGUCUCUAGAGCGCGAUCUCUACCUACGACGGAGUUCGCGUUCAAGAAUAAUCAUAUAUGUACAUUUUUGUUUUCUUUUUCUUUUUUUCCUUCUAAACUUUCUUUUUGACGAUUCUACGUUUUCCUUACUUACGGCGUAAAGCACAAAAGUUUAGUAGCAUUAUUGUGUAAUUAUUAUCUUUUAUGGUUAUUAUUAUUAUGACUAUUAAUGUGUUAUGUUACAUUUUAUUGAUAACAAUAUAUUAUAUUAAUUAUGGCCGCGUGUACUUUGUUUAUUUGUGCCCAAACGGUAUCGAUUAUGCUCUUUUGAAUAGUAGCGUUACGAGAUAACACGCUAUACUAUACCGGUAGCGUUUAUCUCGUAACAAGUAUAACGAGCGAUCAGCCGGUCUGCUCGUUUAACGUUAGUGUGCCAUUUGGGAGAUUUCCUGUUGUACGCUUUUAGCUUUAUCAAGCGACCGCGAUAAAUCCUAGAAACGGAAACUCGCGAUUCACGAUCAAUAUCUUCAUUCCGCCGGUUUUAAUGAUACUCGACGUUUGUCCUUUAUAAUUAGAGAAAUCUCAAGGCACUAGAAUAUAUAAUUUAAUAUUAGAUUCGAAAGGAUUAGAGAUUCUAGUAGAAAUUAUGUAGCAAAAUUUAAAUUUGGGGAUUUUGUCGAAAGUCUCGAUGUUUAUAGAAUCCAAGCAUGUCUUGUGACUGUGUCAUAUCUUUUUGAAUCAAGAAAAUUAAGUUUGCAAUUGAUUGAUUAUUUAACUAUGUUAAUGGACUGUUGAUGGAUUACUUAAUUACAUCUUCGACUUAAAUCAUGUGCAAACUAGAGAAUAUUAUUGAUAAGAAAAACAGAUAAGAGAGAAAAAGACAGUAUAUUCAAACAUAUUUUACGACCAAAUGCAAUUAGAUUCGAAAAGACGUAUCUACUAUUGGUAGAAUAAAUAUCACCUAAUGAAUUUAAUGUGAUUAUUUAUUAAUCAAUGAAUUAACCAAAUUAAAAUUGCUCCAAGAAGAAAAUUCAGCUAUAAACUGAUACACCUCUACUUCAAAAUGUACUAUGAAGCAUAAUACUUUUGGACCAAGCAUGUAUAAUAAUAAUAAUAAUAAUAAUAAUAAUAAUAAAGAAUAACGAAGCAAAUGUUUACCCAAGCCUGGCGAUCGUGAGCAAAUCGAUUGCGAGUCGCGUUCUCUUUUGUACGAUUGCUGUUUCUAUUGCUAAUGAACUUAAGCUGUAUCUCUUAAUAUUGACUAUAAGUGUGAGCUGAUAAAAACUGUGCAAGCAUCUCACGCAUGUAAUCGCCGUGCGACACAAGUGCAUUAAAAUACUACUGAAACUUACAGAGAAGAUAAGAAAAAAACGGCGUAUACAUAAAUAUGAGAAUCAUAAUUAUUCACUGCUGAUUGUAUGAUGUUUUGAACACUUGGUGCCACAGUUUCUUACAUAUAGCAAUAACAUCGUAUAAUACAAUUGUAGUUAUUAUUAGCGCGAUGGUGUAAUAAAACAGAUAGGAGAUGAUACGCCAUUAUAAAAAUGCUGGUACAAUAAAUGGCAAAUUUCGAACUGAA